AUAAAAACUCUAUAAAUACCAAUAGAGAAAGUACCAAAAGAAAAAGCAACUCGAAACACUCAAAAAAUACACUCAUGGAGGUUGUUUCUCUGGUCAACGGCUGCUCCGGCAACACCGCCGGUAAAGUCAUCAUCUGCAAAGCGGCGGUCGCUUGGGGUCCCGGCGAGCCGUUGGUCAUCGAACAAGUCCGGGUCGACCCGCCUCAGAAAAUGGAGGUCCGAGUCAAAAUCCUCUUCACUUCCAUUUGCCACACCGAUCUCAGCGCUUGGAAAGGAGAAAAUGAAUCUCAAAGAGCUUACCCUCGUAUCUUUGGCCACGAAGCCGUCGGGAUUGUGGAAAGUGUAGGGGAGGGAGUGACGGAGGUGGCAGCGGGGGAUCAUGUGAUUCCGUUAUUCAACGGGGAGUGUGGGGUGUGUCGAUGUUGCAAGAACCCAAACACGAACUCCUGCGAGAAGUUGGGAGUGGAUCCAACAAAAAGCACGAUGAUUCUCGACGGUAAAACCCGGUUCACGACGGCAGACGAACGACGUCAGCCGAUUUACCACUUUCUAAAUACGUCGACAUUCAGCGAGUUCACCGUGUUGGACUCAGCUUGUGUUGUCAAGAUUGACUCGGAAGCUCCCAUCAAGAAGAUGACUUUGCUAAGUUGUGGACUUUCAACUGGAGUGGGCGCCGCGUGGAAUACUGCAAACGUGGAAGCUGGAUCGACGGUCGCGAUUUUCGGAUUGGGAGCCGUUGGACUCGCCGUUGCUGAAGGAGCAAGAGCCCGUGGUGCUUCUAAAAUUAUUGGUGUGGAUGUGAACCCACAGAAGUCUAUCAUCGGGAAGCAAUUGGGAAUCACCGACUUUAUAAACCCGAGAGACUCCGACAAACCCGUCCAUGAGAAAAUCAUGGAGAUAACAGAUGGGGGUGUGGACUAUAGCUUUGAAUGUGUUGGAAAUUUGGAGGUUUUAAGAACCGCCUUCUUGUCUACUUACAUCGGAUAUGGAACUACGAUAAUGUUGGGUAUUCAUACAAGCCCAAAACUGUUGCCUCUUCAUCCAAUGGAGUUGUUUAGUGGGCGUAAGGUAGUAGCUUCCGUUUUCGGAGGCUUCAAGGGAAGGACUCAACUUCCUCAUUUUGCCAAACAAUGCAUGGAAGGGGUGGUAAAGUUGGAUGAGUUCAUAACACAUGAACUUCCUUUCGACAAGAUUAAUGAUGCUUUUCAACUACUUAUGGAUGGAAAAUCUCUAAGAUGUCUUUUGCAAAUUUAAGGAUAUGUUUUGUAUGUUUCUACGAAGUUACAUGAAUAAUUCUGAUUAACAUCAUGUAUUUAUAUAAGUAAUUUGUUGCAGUAAUUUCAUCAUUAUAAAUAAAAACUCAAUAAAUCUCUGUAAUGUUUUAUUUUUGUUAAUUAAUUUGAAAAUAAUUGAAUGAUAAA